AUGGAUAGGGGAGAAGCCAUGGGUGGUGAUGACUUAUUAGGUAUAUUAAUGGAAUCGAAUUCAAGAUUCACCGAAGAAGAUGGAAAUAAGAAUAAGGGGAUGAGUAUUGAAGAUGUAAUUGAGGAGUGCGAGCUAUUUUACUUAGUCGGUUCGGAGACGACCGCUAGUUUGCUCGUUUGGACUAUCGUUUUGCUAUGCAAGCAUCCCGUAUGGCAAACGCAAGCACGAGAAGAAGUCAAUCGAGUUUUCGGAAAUUCGGAACCAAGUUUUGAAGGCUUAAAUGACCUCAAAAUUGUGACCAUGAUUCUGCAAGAAGUACUAAGGUUGUACACACCGGUACCUAUGACGGUCCGAGGCCCUACAGAGACGGUGAAACUAGGAAAAAUGACUAUUCCAUCGGGGGUACAUAUGACAAUUCUAUUAGGCCUACUUCAUCGUGACCCCACAAUUUGGGGAGACGAUGCAAACGAGUUCAAUCCUCAUAGAUUCUCAAAAGGUUAUUCCAAAGUUGCAAAGACGCAAUUGGCCUUCAUACCGUUCAGUUCAGGCCCUCGUGUUUGCAUUGGACAAAACUUUGGGAUGAUUCAAGCAAAAAUGGGUCUAGCCAUUAUUUUAAAGAGCUUCUCAAUGGAGUUGUCACCUUCGUAUUUACAUGCCCCUUUCCCCAUUCUUACUAUUCAACCACAGUACGGUGCACCGUUGAUUCUGCGUAGUCUCGAUUCUUCAUAA